UGGAAUCUGGCAUGAAGCCAGAGGGCAUCUCUGAGUUGCAGCAUUUAAAUGAUCCCACUCAGAGAUUCACACAGAAGACUGGACGCAAUUCCGAAGAGUUGCCCGGAAGGAGAGAACAAUGUCAUCACUACCCGUACCAUACACACUGCCUGUUUCCUUGCCUGUUGGUUCCUGCGUGAUAAUCACAGGGACACCGAUCCUCACUUUCGUCAAGGACCCACAGCUGGAGGUGAAUUUCUACACUGGGACGGAUGAGGACUCAGAUAUUGCUUUCCAAUUCCGACUGCACUUUGGUCAUCCUGCAAUCAUGAACAGUCAUGUGUUUGGCAUAUGGAGGUAUGAGGAGAAAUGCUACUAUUUACCCUUUGAAGAUGGCAAACCAUUUGAGCUGUGCAUCUAUGUGCGUCACAAAGAAUACAAGGUAAUGGUAAAUGGCCAACACAUUUACAACUUUGCCCAUCGAUUCCCGCCAGCAUCUGUGAAGAUGCUGCAAGUGCUGAGAGAUAUCUCCCUGACCAGAGCGCUUAUCAGCGAUUGAGGGAGAUGAUCAGACUCCUCAUUGUUGAGGAAUCCCUCUUUCUACCUGACCAUGGGAUUCCCAGAGCCUGCUAACAGAAUAAUCACUCCUCACCCCUUCCCCUACACUUGAUCGUUAAAACAGCACCAAAC